AUGUCGGCAAGUUCGGCUGGAACGAGCACCCCUUGUAAAGUUAAUCAAUUGACACCAAAUAAUCCUAGUUCGCCUCCACGAUGGCUCGCCCGAGCGGUGACCCCGUCGAAUUCUGCGGAAAGUACACCGGAAAAUGUACCUGGAACACCUUCAGGAGUUAUAGUGACAAAUGCUCUAGAAACAAAUGAUCCGAAUACUCCGGCAACAAAUGGACCAAUCAAUACUCCACCAACAAAUGCCAAUGCCCCACCAACAGAUCCUCCACCAACAAGUGCCAAUGCCCCACCAACAGAUGCCCCACCAACAGAUGCCCCACCAACAAAUGCCCUACCAACAGAUGCCCCACUAACAAAUGAUCCGGCGACCAAUGCUCCAUCAACGAAUGCGCAGAAUUUAGUGACCCCAGUGAUAGCACCAUCGGUAUCGGCAUCGAUAUCACUGGCGGUGCCACUGCCUACAAUUGAAAUACCCACAAACCUAAUAAUACCCACAGCAACUCGACCAGCCAUUGUACCGACAGCACCACCAAUAACAUCACAAAAUGUCCCAACAAAUGCACCGAAUUCAGUGGUAACACAGCCGUCGUCACAAAAGGUGCCAUUACCUACCAUUCCAAUAGCCACAAACUCAGCAAUACCCACAGCAACACGACCAGCCAUUGUACCGACAGCACCACCAAUAACGUCGCAAAACGUCAAUUUACCACUGCAAAGCAUAAUUUCUGCCAUCAGGCAGAAAACUCCAAUUCCUACAAAUGUAGUAGCCACAAGCACAGAGAUACCCACACCAACGCUCGUUUCAUUACCACCACCUUCGUUCAGCAUCCCACCAAUAUUUACAAUCGUUCGACCAUCUACAACCACGGGGCCCACGCCUCAGUUUAGCAUUCCCUCCAUUCUUACAUUCCACACACCUGCACCAUCAUUCAGCAUUCCAUCCAUUUUUUCACUUGUUACUGCUCACACUGAACCCUUGCCCCCUCUAUCUCAAACUCGGAAUCUAGCUACGUUAGUAUUUCCAACUCAUACCAAUGCUCAGAGUAGUUCGGUUAAACCCGUGAUUACCACUUUCAAAGUUACUUUAACCACAAGCGGUGUCACGAUUGUUGAGACCUCUGUGAGCACUUUAAGUGAAUCUUCGCCUGGCAUAUUUUCGGCGAGCAUACCCACAAUCGUAGGCGCCACCACCACUUCUGGGAGAAUAUUGGGCCCAUUGCCGUCGUCAUCGCAAACAACCACCAGUAGCAAAACGAAUGAAGCUUACAAUGAUCCAACUAAUGAUAGUAACUUAUUGGGUCCAAUAAUAGGUGUGGCCAUAGUUGCGGCAGCGAUGAUAUGUUUGGUUGUAGCGAUUCUUAUAAAACGCAGAAGUAAAUGUGGUCAACAACUGUUACCUGAUGCUGAUUCACUGGAAGAGGGAGCUCAAGAUGGAAUGACAGAGAUUGUAAUACCACCACCGCCGCCACCAGUAAGGUUGCCUGAGGGUGAAAAUGGUGGUAACGGGGGUGGGGGUUCAAGACCUGUAAGAAUAAGAAUGGAAAUACCCGCAAACUUGAUGACCAACGUGACGGGAAAAAGUAAAUUUAUUGAAAAAUUUGAAUAG